AUGGAAAGGAGAUGUAAUAGUCAAGUCUUGAAGUUUCCCAACAAAUCAAAGCCAGAUUUCGGGAUAGGGACUACAUUCGACAUCAUGCAUCAUCAUGAAUUCACGCAGAUGACUAAUAAAAGCAGGAUUAAUAGAAUUGUUGACCAGAAGACUGAGACUAAACAAAUACCCCGAAAAAGUAGUCCUUUUAUGGUAAAGACCCAAAAUGGAACUCAUGAAGGAACAGUAGAGAUACCGACUAAAUUUUCUAAGGACAUGAAUUCUCGGUCUGGUCUGCUGUGAAAAAUAAAACAAAAAUAAUAAUUCUCAAACAACUAAAGGAAGAAGAGUAAAGGAAAGUUUCCCUGAGUUGGUGAAUUUUCCAAACAGUGAUAUUGUCUUUGAUCAGCCAUACCAGAAUUCUCAAAAUAUGACAAUGGACAGGUGAAAUAUCGAUGGGUUGCAGCAGAUAAUCAGCAAAAUAAUCACUAAAAAUAUUGAGAAAUAAGAGAAAUAGCUACUGAAAAGCUAAUUCUAAAGAUAAGCCAAGACAAUUUAGUUUUGCCUACCAGAAUAAUUGGGGCAGGAAUGAUAAACUAGAAUUACGACCAAAAGCAUCAGUGUUCUUUACAACUGGGCUAAAACAAACUCCUGAGGCUCAGAGAAGGUUCUCAGAAGGACAGAAUAAUAGGCCACGAGAGAAAUCUACUCCUUUACGAUUCAAAGAUUAUGAGACUACCUCACAAACUCGAACACAGGUUGAGAAAUAUCAAUGUAAGAAUCUUUUUGAUGCACCUGGAAAGCAAAGUAGGAGCUCUCCCCGUAAAAAGUGUUAUCUUAAAAGCAGGAAAACCGUUGCCUUCCGUCAUAAAGGAGAUAUAAUUUACUCUGAUUCUAAGGUUGAUGAUCAAAGAGAACAAGGCAAUGAACAUUCCAAACCAAUCAGAAACAAAUUCUUAAGCAACACACAUAAUCUUGGUAAAACUUUAGGGAAAUUUGCUAAAAUAUGUAACCUUCUUCCUGGGUCUGGCAAGAAAUCUGAGGAGAAGAGUAUGGCUUCUUCGAAACUUCCCACUGCGAAAAAGAAUGUUAGUGUGGAUACUCAGACUCCAAGUAGCCUAUUCAAGAUGAAUAGGCUUGAUGAAAAAUCAGUUGGAAGUAUAGCUCGAGAGAUUAUUAAAUAAAUCAAAAAUCAAGCAAAAUGAACCAUUGAAAUCUGUUUAUAGCAAGCAUAAUAAGAAAACAAACACUAAGUCCUCUCAAGGGAGGUUCAAGGAUUCAACAUUUGAGAGCAAAUCUUUGCCUAAGAAUCAUCAAAGAUCAGUGCAUAAAGUGUAUUCGGAAGGAGUUUCAAGCGGCUUGAAGAAUGAUACCUCUUUCACUCCUGCUUUAUCAAAAAGUAUGGAUCGUGAUCAUCCUCUUCAGGAUGGGAGGCUCGAUAUCAACAGUCAUACUCAUGAUCCUGGGUGACAUAAUAUUAUUCCGAAAUCUACCCAAAAUGUUCAAGGAAGCUCUAAAAUUGUUAGAAAUGACUCUCUAGAAUCUGAUUUUAGCAUCAAAAUUCCUUUAGACACUAAAGCGAAUAGUUUUAUUCUCAAUUUAAAGCUUCUUCAAAGUAGGGAGACCCAGAAGACCAAUUUCUGAGUGAUUGGUAAUAAAAAAAAUAAGCCUCAAGGGGCACAUAUAAAGCCAAAAAUUCAGAAAAUUUCCAAACUUUUUAGCUCUAAUCAGCAGAAGGUACAGAGAAGACAGAAGACCAGGAAUGUAGCAUGCGGGGAGAAUAAGCAAGAGAAGAGAACCAUCGUGUUGAAUGAGAAGACUCCGAAGUUAUGCACAGUAGAGUCUGAAGAGGGAAUUGCAGGGGAGAGGUAUCCGCAGGGUGUUUUUAAUGUGAAAGUUGUGAAAAGAUAGCGAAUAGUGUGAUUUCA